UUCUUUUUGACCACAGAACAAGCCUUUGCUGCAGUGGUGCACCAUCAUUCUUCGGGGUUGGAGGACUCCAGAAAUGUCUCGGUCCACCUUAAAAAAGGGGGCAAUAUCAUUUCCUGGUUGUUGGCCUUCGUGUGCAUUAGCAAUAUGGCGGGAUACAAAUGCUGUUGGAAGUUGAAAUAUGAUAGAAGCAGACUGUGGAUUUAUUCCUUGUUAUUGGCCUUACUGAUAAUUUCACCCAUCGCCUCAUCUGACAAUACCGUUUUGAACGUCGCAGACGCAAACUGGACUGUCAUUUUAGAAGGGGAGUGGAUGUUAAAAUUCUAUGCCCCGUGGUGCCCAGCUUGUCAACAUCUCCAAAAUGACUGGGACGGGUUUGCUGCACUAAGCGAGGCGCUGGGUAUCUCUGUUGGAAAGGUGGAUGUGACACAACAGCCAGGUCUGAGUGGGCGGUUCCUCGUGACAACGCUGCCAACUAUAUUCCAUGCUAAAGAUGGAAACUUCCGGAGGUACAUGUCCUCGCGGUCUAUUGAGGACUUCCAAGCGUACAUCUCUCAGCAGAAGUGGGAGCUAGUGGAGCCCUUGCCAGGGUGGAAGUCACCAUCCUCUUUCCUUAUGUCGGGCAUGGCGGCUCUCUUCCGUCUCUCAGUCUGGAUCAGGCAAAUUCACAACUACCUGACCGACAUCCUUGGCAUUCCUUCGUGGGGCUCCUACAUCAUAUUUGCACUCGUAACCUUGUUCACAGGGCUGCUUCUUGGCCUGAUGUUGGUCUUGAUCGCAGACUUCUUUUGGCCAUCAAGACCAAAACAAAACGAGCUGAAGGCUGAAACAAAAGGACUGAAGGAUGAGGGCUCUGAGGAGGAGAUGGAGGCCCCCCUGGUGGAGGAGAGGAGAGCGUGGGAUGCAGACAACGAGCGUGUCUCUGGCGAGGACUCCACUGAGGAUGACGCCACCCCCGUCGCGGAGGUGGCAGACAUCGCCACGGCGCCCCGCGGACACAGCGACCCCCCCACAGACCUGAGGAAGAGGAGGCCCCAAGAGCCGCAGGACUCCUCAGAGGGCACCUAACACCCCCCCACCCCACCCCACCCCUGAACCAUAUACCAGUCACCGUCUUUUUAUAUCUUGUUUUUAAAUUGCCCUCCAUCCAUAUUAUAUACGAGCCACGCAAGGUCCUAACCCUCCCCAAUGGACCAUGUUCUUCCAGGAGGGCUUUUUGCAUGAACAAAGGUGCAUACUCCUCACCCCGGAGGUCGAUGCCAAAUCUUUUACGACAGGCCUCUGGAAGUGUUUUUGAAUGUGUUGUGUGUGCUGUUAUUUUCAGUCACAUGCCAAAACAAUGAUAUCAUGCAGUAUAACAACAAAGAUAAAAAAAUUACUUGUAUAACUAUAUAUAAUCCAAUUAAUGCCUGGUCAUCACCAUAUAGCCAUGUUCAUCAUCUUUUUAGGAUCACAAAGUACAUUCUGGGUUUUUUUUCCGCAUGUAUGACUGCAUAACUAAACCAAACGGACUUGGGAGGAACUUGUUGAAAGUGAAAUACUAACCACACAAAAUGUUCAGUCCUGAUGCAGCACAGAGUUGAUAGAUGUCCAUUGUUUUUGAGAAUACAACAGAUAGAUUUGCACAGGUGUCUAACAUAGCAGUCAUUCCAGAAGACAAUCGUCACCCUGAACUACCUGUUUUAGUCAGCUGUGAUGUUUUAUUUGAUCUGGAUAUAUGAUUUUUUUUUUUUACUCUCAGGAGUGUGAAUCCACUCUGGUAUGUCCUUAAUGAUCACCUAAGGGACGGCUGGGGAGCACUUAACAUGACUUAGCUCAGCCUUAACAGCCCUACUUCUUUAAGUCGACAAGUAUGCAGUCACGACUAGCAUGCAGUUAGCACACGGUGCAGUUAGCACAUGGUGCCCAGAGGCAUAGAAGGUUGUGGGUUUUUUUUUUUCAGAAAAUGAGCCUAAAUCGUGUUCUUACAUGCAAGGAUAUAUAUAUAUAUAUAUACACGUAUGUGUCCUUGCUAUGUGCUCACUGCCUUUACCCAGUAAAAUAAAUAGAUAUCAGGCAAUGGAAAUGGACAUUUUUCCUGAAGAAAGCCAUUGAAAUCACCAAUAGUUUUAUUUAUAUAUCUAAUUUUAAUUAUAAUGAUCAUAUGCACAUUCUUAGAUUUGAAGAUUUGGGUGCUUUUUGAGACCUUUGGAUAUUUUUUAAGUAAUUUUUUUAACUUUCAGUUUUAUAAGGCAAAUAGACUGUUGCACAACAUACAUCGUAUUGAACACAGGUGUGUUUACAAAGGUUUUUUGAAGUAUUCACUAUACCUAACGGUUGGAAAACAAUAUUUCAUGUGAAAUGAUUCUGCUGACUGCUAAUAAUGUUAGUCCAGUGAACACAUCGACACUGAUCCCAGUCCAGUGAACACAUUGACACUGACCCCAGUCUUUGGGAUUUGAACUGUUUGCUUUGUAGACUGUUUGAGCUUUGCCUGCAAACACUUUUAUGGGGCCAAAAAAUACAUACAGCCUACUGUGUAUUCAAAACGCAAAACAAAACAUUGGAUACGUCACUGCCCUUUGUUUUAGGUCUGUUUAGAUGUGUGUUUUUACUAGAGUCAUGUGUUUAGACUUACAGAUACAUGCAAACCAUUGUUGUAGCGGGGUCUGUGCCAGCUUUGUAGUCAAAUCUUUUUGAAAUGUUACCUACAGCUCACAGACCCACACAACCAAUUAUUAGCGUUUGUUUUUCUUCAUUUCAUCACAAAGUAUGAUUGUGCCAUUGUUGUUUUUGUGACUGUUUUCAAAAUUUCAAAAAGGAAAUCUUUUAUCUUUGUGUGAAUUGUGAAACUGUCGUUUGAAUUUUAGGUUUCAGAUAAAAAAUUGCUUUGACUUUU